GCACGCACACACAAACACACUCUCCCUCCCAUAAUGUUGUAACUUUCCUGGUGGAGAGGGAGUAAAAAGGAAGAUGUUUACGAGAGAAACAAAUGCACACGCACACCAUGCCAGACAGCCGGAGCUGUGCGCGAGACGGUUCGCUUUCACGUGCGUGAAUCGAAUACACCACUUUCCCGUUAUCUUUACGCGAGAGUUGCCGCGUGGAAUUAACGCGCAAGCGAACAGGUUCGGAUGAGCCAACGGUGGGUUAAUUCUGCUUAUCCUUGACGUUGUCCUCAAGAUUCCUGCCCGAUUGAUUGAACCCAACCGGGGAUACGCCUACGUCCGUGGAUGUUCCAGCGUGUGUCACACAAAAAUGUCACUCCGAAAGGUGCUAAAGUAUGGAAUCGUCGGUAGUGCCGUGCUCGGGACGGGGCUUAGUUUACACGCGAACGAUUACGACCUCAACUCGGUCGGUAUCGUACGGCUUGGGCGUGCCGGUGCCACCGUAUUCGACAUUGCCGCCACCUACCAAGCGAACCUGUACAGCCGCGAAUGGACGGACAAGAAGUCGCGCGAGUAUCUGCAGCUGAAAAGUGACACACAUCGUGCGGCGGCCGAAAAGCUGCUCAAUCUCUGCCGCACCAAUCGUGGCGUAUACAUAAAAGUUGGUCAGCACAUCGGUGCGCUCGAGUAUCUUCUGCCGCCGGAGUACGUCACCACGAUGAAGGUGCUGCACAGCAAUGCACCGCAAAACCCGGUCGAAGAUCUGUAUCGCGUCAUACGGCAAGAUCUGCGCGUUGAUCCGAACGAACUGUUUGAAUCGUUCGAUCCGGAACCGCUCGGAACGGCUUCACUGGCACAGGUGCAUCGUGCAACGUUGCGAGACGGACGGGAGGUAGCGGUCAAGGUGCAGCACCCGUACGUAAAGGGCAAUUCGAUCGUGGAUAUUAAAACGAUGGAAGUGCUGGUGAAGCUGGUCGCGUGGACAUUUCCCGACUUUAAGUUCCAGUGGCUGGUGGACGAAUCGAAGCGCAACUUGCCGGUAGAGCUGGACUUUGCCAACGAGGGUCGCAAUGCGGAGAAGGUGAAGGAAAUGUUCCGCCACUAUCGGUGGCUAAAGAUACCGGGCGUGAUCUGGGAGUACACGACAUCGCGCGUCCUCAUGAUGGAGUACACGAAGGGUGGCCAGGUGAACGAUAUCGAGUACAUACAGCGGGAAAAGCUCGAUCCGUACGAUAUCGCGAACAAGAUCGGGCAGCUGUACUCGAACAUGAUCUUUCUGAAGGGUUUCGUGCACAGUGAUCCGCACCCGGGUAAUAUUCUGGUGCGCCGUAGCGAACAGAACGGUGGGACGGAGAUUGUGCUGCUGGACCAUGGUUUGUAUGCGGAGUUGAGCGAGAAGUUCCGGUACAACUAUUCCAAACUGUGGUUAAGCAUUCUGCGCGUUGAUCAGGCGGACAUGAAGAAGUACGCACACGCGCUAGGCGUUGAGGGCAGUAUGUGGGGAUUGUUUGCCUGUAUGGUGACUGGGCGACCCUGGAACUCGGUCAUUCACGGUGUGGACAAGGUGCAACAGGAUGAUGCUGAGAAAGAAUUGAUCCAGAACGAGGGUAAGAUGGUACUGCCACACAUUUCCGAUGUGCUGGAAAAAGUCGACCGCCAGAUGCUGCUGGUGUUGAAAACGAACGAUCUAAUACGAGGCAUUGAGACGACACUUCGCACUCAGAACCGCAUGACCGCGUUCUGGGUGAUGUCUAAGUGUUGCGUGAAAAGUAUCGGCAGCCAGGAAUAUCUCGGUGCGGCUGAUACGUGGAGCAAGCUGGGCACCUGUCUACGUGAGCAAUGGUGCAUACUGAAGCUGAACCUUUACUACCUUUACCGGGGGAUCGUAUCGCUUCAUUUGCUGUCCGCGCUGAAGAUGAUCUUCUGAAGAAGCUUUAAGAAAAAAAAAACAUCCAUUAACUUCACCAUUAUUAAACUCAGGAAAAGGGCAUACUUCUUCGGGCAUAUGACGUACAGUGUUUAGCUUUAUUCUGGAGCAACAAAAAAAGAUCAUUAAGAUUUUUUUUAGAUGAAACUAUAAUUAGCGUACGGAACCGUGGCUUUUGCACGGUUUUAGAUAAUGAUAUUGUUCUCUUGCGUUUGUUACCUUUUUAGUAUGGCCAGUUUCAUUUAUUGUGACGGAAUAUUUAUUACACGCUAGUGUUUGCUCGCUUCAUCAUUAUUAGUGAGAAAUUAAUUAUUGUUACGAUUCGAGCUAGAUAUCGAAGACGGGUCAGGGGGUUUAGUUCUACCGGCGGGUUGGAACGAACUGGUAAUUAAGUGUUCAUAAUAUGUAAAGGAACAAAAAAAAAUGCUUCCGAAACAUUCAUUUCGCUGUUGUGGGCAAUAUUGUGCAGAAAUAAAACGAUUGUAUGA